AUGGCGGUGGCUGCGGCGAGUUACGAAAUUGCGACUGCCCUAGAAAAUCAAAGCCACAAAGUUCGGUAUUCAGAUUCAGUGGAAAACGGAUCAAUUAUAUUUUCUCUUUCUGGAGUUGCAUUUUUAUUGAUGGAUGCUGAAGUAUGCUUUAUGUCAGCUGAAGAAAUAUUUCUAGCCAAAAUCAAGAAGUUUAUUAACAUUCACCAAAAUAGCUUUUUGGUUCUGUUUGCUGCCCUGCAUGGGCCCAAAGAAUGGAAACUGAUGUUCAGGAUUCAGCAGAGAUUCCUGGGUAGUAAUUUAAGGAUACUUCCAGUACACAACACAGCAAAUGCUAUUAAUCUUAUGUGCACUAUAGCUAAGACUUCCUCCAAACCAUACAUAGAUAGCAUCUGCUACAGAAUGAUAACAGCUAAAGCUUACAUCAUUGAGCAAAGUCCUGUUUGGAAAACACUUCAAAAGAUAAAACUGAACAGUGAUUCAGUUAACCCCAAUUAGAGUGCCAAUUAUAAAUGGAAGAAUAUUAAAA